AUGGACGCUGCGGCUCACGAUGAAGAAAGGUUGGACGGUCUUGAGGAGGUUUUGUUGUCGGUCGACCCCGCCACAGGGGCACAAAAACUUGUCGACCUCGACGAUGAGAAACGCUACCGUGUUUUCUUCGACAAGAAAAUCGCACAAGAGGUUCCCGGAGACUCUAUUGGCGACGAGUGGAAGGGCUACAUUUUCCGCAUUACCGGUGGAAACGACAAGCAAGGUUUCCCCAUGAAGCAGGGUGUCCUCCUCCCCCACCGUGUCCGACUCCUCCUCUCCGACGGACACUCGUGCUACCGUAUCCGCCGCACUGGUGAACGCCGCCGCAAAUCCGUUCGUGGCUGCAUCGUCGGCCCCGAUAUCGCUGUUCUCUCCUUGAUCAUUGUUAAGCAGGGAGAGUCAGAUAUCCCCGGACUUACAGAUGUCGUUCUCCCCAAGAGACUCGGUCCCAAGCGUGCCACCAAGAUCAGGAAAUUCUUCAACUUGACCAAGGAGGACGAUGUUAGGAAAUACGUUGUGCGAAGAGAGGUCGUCAGCAAGAAGAAAGAGGGUGCUAAGCCAUACACCAAGGCUCCCAAGAUCCAGAGACUGGUUACCCCCAUCCGUCUCCAGCGCCGCCGUCACCUCCUCUCCCUCAAGCGCCGAAAGAUCGAGCAACAGAAGGAGCAGAAGAGCGAAUACGAUGUCCUCAUUGCCAAGCGCGUCGCAGAAAAGAAGGCCAAGGUUGCCGCUAUCAAGGCCGCUCACCACAAGACAGCUUAA